AGCAGAAGCGGUUCGUGGAAGUGUUACGUUUUAGGCUGUGCUUGUGGACUGGAGAACAUCGGGUGGAUCCUUAACCACUGUGCCACCAGGGAAGUCCCCCUCAUCCCCUCUGACAGUCACCCCACUUCAACUUCACGGAAUAAAGGAAUACCCCCACCACAGUCAGAAGCUUAGGCUUUGUGGGCAGAGGAAUAAAGUCUACUGGGGCAGCAGUCUUCUGGGGACGCUCAGCAGUGCUGUGGACACUGGGUUAAGGGCAGCGCCCAGGAGCAGCGUUAGCGUCCGGGCCCAGAGGAAAUGUACCCUCAGCUUGAAUUUUCUCCUCAACCCACAGGUCCCGACUCCCCAGGAGCAAAAGAAUCAGUAGAAGGAGGAAGAAGUUACAGGAUUUGGUAUCAGCAUUACUGGGGACACGCUUGAUUGAAGACAGGACAGAAUUUAGAGCAGAUCCAGAAAACACAGCGACAGAGCCUCCUUGUUGCCAGCUGUUUUCAGAGAACAGAAGGAAAUGAUCCAGGCCCAGGAAACCCUGACGUUUGGCGAUGUGGCCGUGGACUUCACGUGGGAGGAGUGGCAGCUCCUGGCCCCUCCUCAGAAGGACCUGUACCAAGAGGUGAUGCUGGAGAACUAUAGCAACCUGCUGUCUGUGGGUUAUCAAGCCAGAAAGCCAGGCAUACUCUCCAAGUUGGAUCAAGGAGAACCGUGGACGAUGGAAGAUGAAAUCCACUGUCGAACCCAUUCAGGGUAUCAAGCCAGCAAAGCAGAUGCUGUCUCCAGGUUGGAACGAGGAGAACUGUGGCCAGUAGAAGAUGACAGCCGCCGUCGAAUCUGUCCAGAAAUCAGGAAAGUUGAUGACCUUCUGCAGCAUCACUUGCCAAAUCACAGCAUUCAAAAUACUGUGGAAAAAUGCUGCGAACAUAAUACAUUUUCAAAUAUUGUUAAUCAGAGCAAAAGUCAUUUCCUGUUAAAGCAAAAUUGUGAUAUGUUUGACUUAACUGAAAAACCUUUAAAUUCAAAUAUAAGUUUUGAAAACCAGAAGAGAAGCUAUAACUUAAAGAACUCUGCUAAGUUUAAUGCAGAUGGGAAAUUCCUUCUCCAUGCUAACCACGAGCAAUCUUUUACUGAAAUUAAAUUUCCUGUACGUGCAAAACCCAUCAACAAUAACUCCCUGUCCACUAAGCAACAGAGAACUCAUAACAUAGAGAAAGCCCAUGUAUGCAGUGAGUGUGGGAAACCCUUCUUCAAGAUGUCUCAGCUCUUUGAUCAUCAGAGAGUUCAUACUAGAGAAAAACCUCAUGGAUGCAGUCUGUGUGGGAAAGCCUUCUCCAGAAAAUCCAGGCUCACCGAACAUCAGAGAACUCAUACCGGACUGAAACAUUAUGAGUGCACUGAAUGCAAUAAAACCUUCCUCAAAAAAUCGCAAUUCAAUAAACAUCAGAAAAGUCAUAUGGGAGAGAAACCUUACACAUGUAGUGAAUGUGGGAAAGCAUUCACCACAAAGUGUCUGCUCAUUUAUCAUCAACGAACUCAUACAGGGGAGAAGCCCCAUAGAUGCAGUCUGUGUGGAAAAGCCUUCUCUACAAAGUUCAGUCUCACUACACAUCAGAAAACUCAUACAGGAGAGAAACCUUACAUAUGCAGUGAAUGUGGAAAAGGAUUCAUCGAGAAGAGGCGUCUUAUUGCACACCGUCGAACUCAUACUGGUGAGAAACCAUUUGUAUGCAGUGAAUGUGGGAAAAGUUUCACCUUGAAGAAGAGUCUUAUUCCACAUCAGCGAACUCAUACUGGAGAGAAACCCUAUACAUGCAAUGAUUGUGGAAAAGGCUUCACCUUGAAGAACCCUCUCAUCAGACAUCAGCGAACUCAUACAGGAGAGAAACCCUAUGUAUGUAGUGUGUGCGGAAAAGGCUUCACCAUGAAGGGUGAUCUCGUUGUACAUCAGCGAACUCAUAUUGCAGAGAAACCAUUUAUAUGCAGUGACUGUGGGAAAGGCUUCACUGUGAAGAGCCAACUGAUUGUACAUGAGCGAACUCAUACCGGAGAGAAACCCUACGUGUGCAGUGAAUGCGGAAAAGGCUUUCCAGCCAAGGCCCGGCUGAUUGGACAUCAGCGAACACACACAGGAGAGAAACCCUAUAAAUGCAGUGAUUGUGGAAAAGGCUUCAUUCAGAAGGGCAAUCUCAUUGUACAUCAGCGAACUCACACAGGAGAGAAACCCUAUGUAUGCAACGAAUGUGGCAAAGGCUUAUCCGCAAAAAGGAAGCUCAUCGCACAUCUGCGAACUCAUACUGGAGAGAAACCAUAUAUAUGCAGUGAAUGUGGCAAGGGCUUCACCGUGAAGAGUACUCUUGGUACGCAUCAGCAAACUCACUCUGGAGAGAAACCGUACAAAUGCAAUGAGUGUGGUAAAGCCUUUAAGAAGAAGACACACCUCAUACAACAUGAGAGAUUUCACUCAGGAAAGAGUUCUUUGCAUGUACUGAAUGUGGAAAAUUCUCUUUGUGCAAAAAUGAUCUCAUUACCCAUCAGAGAAUUCACACAGGAGAGAAGCCAUAUGAAUGCAGUGAAUGUGGGUAAACCUUCACCACAAAGUCAGGGCUCAGUGUUCACAAAAGAAAACAUACAGGAGAGAGGCCCUAUGGGUGCAGUGAGUGUGGGAAAGAUUUUGCCCAUUUGUCAAUCCUUGAUAAACAUGAGAGAAUUCACAGGUAGUCACUUGGGGGAAGCCUGUUGCCGGUUGUAGACCCUCAAGAUAAUAGUAUGCAGAGAAGAAUCACAAUGCAAAGAAUGUGAUAUUAUCUUUAGUGAUCAAUUACCUCAUAUUUUAUAUCGAUGAAAAAAUUUACAAAACUACUUGGAUACAGUCAGCUUUGGUGAAAAUAUUUUAGGACAGUCUAUGUCUAAAAGGUAUAUACUGAGAUAAAGCCUAUGAGUGUGAAAGACUAGGAAAGACUUCAUUGGAAAUAAACCCUAUCAUAUGUGAUCAUCAUAGAUCACGAAUGAAUGAAUAUUUCUAAGUGGUAGAAGUAUAAUUGUGGGAAAGCCUUUGCCCAGAAGUAAUACCUCAACAGAUGUCAGUUAUCACUAGAGAAAUACUUUCCUCUGGCAAUGAAUAUGGCAGGGUUUGCAGUAGUAAAUAUUGCUUCAUCAUUUGCCAGGAAAUCCGUGCAGACACACAUACUAUAUGGUGGACGUUAACAAAAUAUCAGACAACUUAAUGAAGGAAAGAAGCCUUGGGGAAAAUGAUGAAUGAGAGCAUUCUGUUACAAGUCUUAACUUAAGGGAUACUACACCUCACAAGCAACUGAAGCAUACCUUCAGCCAUAUUUCUAGUUGCCUGUACUGAUCUUAUAAAUUUUACAUAGUGGCAGUUACUCUCAACAUGGAUUGAAUUAUCAUGAUUUAACUUUUGCAUUUCUUUAGUUCCAAGUUUGUGUUAUUUCAGAAUAUUUGAAGUACUUCAAAAUGAAAAUGGUACUCGUUUCAUAAGUAUAACAGCAGAUUUGGAUGUGUUUA